UCGUGUAAUUUCAUAAGAAGACUGAGGAUUGAUGAAUUUUUAGCUCAAGAUGAGUGUCAUACACGAUAAUCCGGAACCUGGAGUUAUAGAUACGGAUCUAUUAAAGAAUUUAGUUAUGCAACAAGCACCUGUCGGAGAAGCCGGAAAAGUAUUUUUGAGAGAUGGAAUAGUUUUGGAGAAAGUUCGCACAAUUCGACUAGAGGACCUGAAUAUUCUUAGAAUCGACAAUUUAUGGAUGAUGACAUCCCUAGUGAAACUGCAACUUACAUUAAAUAUUAUUCAGAAGAUAGAGAAUUUGGAUGCGCUUGUAAAUCUGAAAGAACUGGAUUUAUCUUUCAAUCAGAUCGAAGUUUUAGAAAAUCUGGAAAAACUUACAAAGCUUGAAAUACUCACAGUUUAUGAAAAUAAUAUUAAAAAAGUAGAAAAUAUGGACCAGUUAAUCAAUCUAAAACUGUUUAGCAUUGGAAGAAACAGAAUAGAUGGCAGAGAUAGUGUUGUGUAUUUAAGGCGGUUUCCUCUGUUACGAUCUCUUACGAUGGAAGGGAAUCCAUGUUCACAAGAAGAUGAUUUCACUGAAUACAUUUAUGCGUGUCUUCCAAUGCUAAUGUAUUACCAUUACCGAUUUAUUUACCCACAUGAAAAAGAAGCUGCCAAAAAAAAGUACAGCAAUGUUCUCAAAGAACUUGAAGAUACAGAAGCUGAAACAGCAGCCUACAUCAAACAAAGGGAGGAAGAAGAAAGGAAGCUCAAGUCUUACACAGCAGCAUUUGUAGAGUAUUUAGACAGUGAUCAGCUCUUUAGUGCUUUAUUUGAAAAUGAUGGAGAUGGUCAAGCGCUACUGAAAAUGGAUGACGAAGUUGUGGAAGUGUGUAAUGAAUUUCAUGAUGAGUUUUGUGCCAUUACACAUAAAUUGUUUGACCUAGGUCUGAAACAGUAUAAGAUCAGGGAAUCUGAAAUAGAACAGUUCAGUAAAUGUGUGGAAGAUGCCAAAGAUAAAAAUGCAAAACAAUUAGAAAGAAUUAGGGAUACCUUCACUGAAAAGAAAGCAUUGAUAUAUAUCAACAUGAAAGCAGCUAUUAGAGCAAUAGAAAAUUGUGAGUGUGAUACAAAGGUGUAUUAUGCCCAAGCUCAGAAGUGUACAGAAGAGUUUAACAGUAUUUGCCAUUCAGCAUUCACAGGUUUUAUGGCUUCAGAGCUUACUUUGAAUAAUCAACUUGAGAAAGUGAAUAAAACAUUUGAAAACAAUCUUAAUCAACUGGUGGAAGCAUUUAUCGGGGAUGCUCAAGCUCUGUUCAGUGAAUGCUGUAACAUACAGAAGAUAUUUAGUGAACGAUUGGCAGAAUAUGCUAACUGUUAUCUUACCAAUGCCAUUGUUAGAGCUGAUGAUCCAACAUUUUCAUUGCCACCUGAACUGAAGUCGAUAAUGAUUGACAAAGAAACACUGAAUAAAGCAUCAAAAAAUUCUCAUUCAUAUCACAUACGCAUUAUUAAUGAACGUGAAGAUACACUACUAGAAAGGGCAAAGCAGUGGGCUAGAAACAUGUGCAGAGAAAUUCAUAGGGAGGAAAUAAGACGAAAUAGGUCAAAAAUAAAUGAGUUCAACCAUUUCUUUGAAAUACAGAGACAAGAAUUUGAAGAAUUAGCUUAUCAGGCUUUUAAGCAUGAAGAAACUACAGAAUCCCAUGAAAGUCACUGUCAGGAUUAGGCAUUCCUUUUUCUGAAGAACCCAUCGAGAAGAAGAACACUCGGGUGUGUAACAAGCCAAGGGAUAUAAUAAAAAGGACCAGGUAAAUGUAAAAACUUAACAUGUACACUGUAUUUUUUUUAAAAAGGUGACUAUACUGCUUAAUGCUGUUGAUGCUCAUGCUAGCUAAAUUUAGUCAUGCGAAUUAGAAAGAAAGCUACUACUGUGAAAAGGCUACUGUCUCCUCUGUUAGACUAAACAACUGUUUUAAUCUUCUAUUUGUAGAAUAUAACCUAUUGGUAUUUUUCAAAGAAAAUAGUUUCUGGUUACGGUACAUUACUAUUAUACUUCUCAUGUAGAUUUACAAUCCUUGAAUCUAGAUCUUUAGAGAAACUGUAGAAAGAUUGACUACUAAGUUACAUUUUUAGAAGUUCCCAGGUUUUGCUCUAUGUUAGAUGGGAUCCUGUUAAAUACCUUUCAUCAGGAUAUGUGACUUACAUAUAUGAAUAUAUUCAGUAUAUCAUGGACAGUACGAUGGACAAGUUUGUAUCUUGCUAGAUGAUAAUAAUAGGCUAUAAAAUAUCUUUUACACCAAGUACAUCAUUUAUGUAAUUGUAAAUGUAAGUGUUUAUGUACACAAAAGAUGAUAUUACUGCAUUUUUAAUGCUUAAAGAUGGAUAAUAAAUAAAUAACUAAAUAACUUCACUCGGAAUGCUAGACUGUGAGGCAAAAUUUACAUGGAAAUUAUUUUUGUGUCUUGUAUUGUGAUUGUUUGGAUUACAGUUCAGAUGAAACUGAUUUUUAUUGCCAGCUAUAAAAACCAUUAAGGAAUAAAUGUAUUGGGAAGUGCACAUAAAAAUGCCAAGAUCCUUAAAAAUUCUUCUACAAUAUAUGUAGCUACUGUUACUUUACUUUACACAAUAUUCUCACUGCUCACCUCUGUUGAAUAAACAUUUAUUUACUUUAGGUGCACCGCUCCAAAUGACUGCUCCGUAAGAUAAUGGGGAGCGAAACUAUGCAUAAUAAGCCAACACUCUUGUCUUUAAGUCAAUGCCACACGAGAUUCUUGUAAGGGCAAAAUAUGCUAAAUUAGCUUCUUGAUAAGUUUUCCUAUGUGUAACUUGACAUCCAAAAGGUCCUCACAGUCGAGUUCUGUUCCUAGCAGGUCAUUUUUACUUGUUUGAAAUUGAAUAAUAUGUGUCUUUGUCAGAUUAAGACUUAAAAU